AUGAACCCCCUCUCCCCCCCCCCCCCCACAGCUCGUAGCCUGCCAACAAGGAAAUCAUACAAUAUGAGCACCGUACAUUUUGAUUACAUAAUCGUGGGCGGUGGCCUUUCAGGCUCCGUCGUUGCAAAUCGACUAUACAAUGCCAAUACUUCAUUGCAUAUUCUUCUGGUUGAGGCCGGCGUUGAUGCCUCUGACAAUACUUUGAUCCCAUACGCAAACAAUACAGCAUUUCUCAUCGGAUGCGAUCUUGACUGGGGUUUUGUUACGACGCCUCAGCAGAACCUCGAAGGUCGCAAGAUUGGAAACCCAGCGGGGAAAUGCCUUGGCGGGGGGACGGCAAUCAAUAACUGUGGAUGGAUCCGUGGCGAUCGUAGUGAUUAUGACAGGUGGGCUGAGAUUGUUGGGGACGAAAGCUACAGCUACGAUUCUAUGUUGCCCUAUUUCACUGCGACGGAGAAAUACACCGAUGGAAGUCAAACUGAUGGGCAGCAACAUGGAUCCGACGGUCCGCUGUAUGUCGCCUCGGUCUCUUCAACCGGUCGCCAAUACCCACUGCGCGAGCCACUAGCACAGGCAUGGGACGAGAAUCAUGUCAGCGCCCUGCCAGGCUUGGACGGAAACAGAGGUAGUCCUCAGGGUCGGGCAGAGCUUGCAGAGGAUCGCCGUGAUGGACUCCGUCAGUUGGCUAGCGCUGCCUACCCGCUCGAUGGCAUCCAUGUCAUGACCAACACACUUGUAAGGCGCAUUAUUACAACCUCCGAAGACAAUACACCAAAAGCCAUCGGCAUUGAAGCAAUAAGCGGCGAGAAAUACUACGGCAGGGAGAUCAUCAUCUCGGCUGGAGCAUACCGUACUCCACAGCUUUUGAUGCUCUCUGGAAUCGGCCCCGGAGAGGUAUUGUCACAGCAUGGCAUACCAGCUGUAGUUGACGCCCCAGAUGUUGGGCGAAACCUCUACGACCAUCUAGAGUUCGCACAGUACUGGAAGCUCAAAGACCCUUCCAAAGGGUAUGCCCUUGGGUCCGACAAUCCUCUGUUUACCAAACCCGAGUUCGGACUGGGUGUGCCCGUAGACUGGGUUGUCACCACCAGCGUCCCCAGAGAUGGCUUGGUAGAGGCAAUUACAGCGGACGAAGGGUGUCCACCAUCAGCCGACCACCCUCUCCUGAAAGCCGAGCGAUCCUUCCUAGAGUACAUCGUGCUGUACGCGGCUGGUAGUGCUUCAGACCCAGUCAUACCUUUAGAUGGUACCCACAUAUGUAUAACCAUCAUUGGCCUAUUGCCAACUUCAAAAGGCCACGUUACCAUCAAUUCGACAGACCCGACCAAUCCGCCUGUAAUUGACCCCAACUACUUGUCAACUGAGGUGGAUCGUUACGCCUGGCGCACGGGGCUGCGCACUGCCACUCGGCUAUUUUUGGGCACUGAUUCAGGCAGCUCACUCAUCGACCAGGAGACCCCACCGGAUGGGUUCGAGCCGAUUAGCCUGGACUCAAGUGAUGAGUACUUGGAGGCUAGGGCUCGGCAUGGAGCAUUGUGCGUAUACACCUGGCCCUUCCCAACAGACCUCACUAACGAAGGUAGUUCUACGUACCACCCUAUGGGAACAUGCUCUAUGGGUAAAGUUGUCGAUAACAGGUUCCAAGUGCAUGGAAUAUCCAACUUGCGGGUUGUCGACGCCAGCGUAAUUCCCACCCCAAUCGCGGCCCAUAUCCAGGCCGCGUUGUACGCUAUGGCAGUGAAGGCGGCGGAUAUAAUCGCCAGCAAGGUGUGA